AUGUCCGUGGCCAGGCUCAACAGCGUCAAUGGCUUUCUGGAGGACGGCAGGAUGGAGGCAGGGGACAUGGGCAGGAUCCUCCGCUGCCUGGAGAUGGGCACUGUCCUCACCUUGUUCUAUCAGAAGAAGUCGCAGAGGCCGGAGCGAAGGACCUUCCAGGUGAAGCUGGAAACCAGGCAGAUCAUCUGGAGCCGGACACCCGAGAAGGUGGAAGGGGACAUCGACAUUCGGGAGAUCAAGGAGAUCCGCCUGGGGAAGAACUCGCGGGACUUUGAGCGCUACCCCGAGGACGCUCGCAAGCUUGACUUCACCAUGUGCUUCAUCAUCCUCUACGGGAUGGACUUCAGGCUACGGACGCUCAGUGUGGCCGCUUUCUGUGAGGAGGACAUAAAUCUGUGGAUAACUGGCCUCAACUGGCUGGUGGCAGACACCCAGAAAGCCCAAACCCCACUGCAGAUUGAGAGGUGGCUGCGGAAACAGUUUGACGGGAUGGACCGGUCGCGGGAAGGCAGCAUCACAGUGAAGGACCUGAAGGCCAUGCUGCCUCAGGUGAACUACCGCGUCCCCAACAUGAGGUUCCUGCGGGACAAGCUUGUGGAGGUGGAAGCCAGGAAUGAGAUGACUUUCUCCCACUUCAUCCAGUUCUACAAAAACCUGAUGUUUGAUGCACAGAAGUCGGUAAGAGCCAUGGCUUGUCUUCCUGAGCAUCCCCCACUGGUGUGGUACAUCCCCAGCCAGCUAAGCCUGGUCCCCUCCUUUGCCUUGCAGGUCAUUGAGCAGCUGGAGCUCUCCUUCCCCUUGCGGAAUGUGGACCGCCCCGAGCUGUGUCAAGUCUCCCUUUACGACUUCCAGAAGUUCCUGCUGCACGACCAGAAGGAACCCUGGGCCAAUGAUGUGGGCAUGGUGCGGGACUACAUGUGCACCUACCUCAAGGAGAGCUCCAGUGAGGCAGCAGACCCUUCUUUCCAGCUGGAUGAGUUCCUCACAUACCUCUUCUCCAAGGAGAACAUGGUGAUGGAUGCCAAGUAUGAACGUGUGGUGCCUGAGGAGAUGAACCAUCCCCUGUCCCAGUACUGGAUCUCCUCCUCCCACAACACGUACCUAACAGGGGACCAGUUCUCCAGCGAGUCCUCCUUGGAGGCGUAUGCACGCUGCCUGCGCAUGGGCUGCCGCUGCAUCGAGCUGGACUGCUGGGAUGGCCCAGACGAUCUCCCCAUCAUCUACCAUGGCCACACGCUCACUUCCAAGAUCAAAUUCCUGGAUGUGUUGCACACCAUCAAGGAGCAUGCAUUCGUCACCUCGGAGUUCCCCAUCAUCCUCUCCAUCGAAGACCACUGCAGCAUCGUCCAACAGAGGAAUAUGGCCUCCCACUUCAAGAAGGUGUUUGGGGAUAUGCUGCUCACCAAGCCAGUGGACAUCAAUGCUGAUGAGUUGCCCUCACCCACCCAGCUCAAGAAGAAGAUCCUAAUCAAGCACAAGAAGCUGGUCGAAGGGAACUUGUACGAGGAGGUCUCCACCGCCAGUUACUCAGAGAAUGACAUCAGCAACUCCAUCAAGAAUGGCAUCCUCUACCUCGAAGACCCCAUUGACCACACCUGGAGCCCCCAUUAUUUCGUCCUGACAAGCAACAAGAUCUACUACUCAGAGGAGACGUCCCGCUACCAGUUCAAUGAGGAUGAGGAGGAGGUGGAGCAGAAGGAGGAAUUCAACAACAAUGAGCUGCACUUCACGGAGAAGUGGUUCCAUGGGAAGCUGGGAGGUGGCCGUGACGGGCGGCAGAUUGCUGAGAAGCUGCUGCACGAGUACUGCACCGAGACAGGUGGCAAGGAUGGCACCUUCCUGGUGCGCGAGAGCGAGACCUUCGUAGGCGACUACACCCUCUCCUUCUGGAGGUCUAGCCGGGUGCAGCACUGCCGGAUCCAUUCACGGCAGGAGGCCGGCGCCACCAAGUUCUGGCUCUCCCCCAGCCUCUACAGCCUCAUUUGCCAUUACCGCGAGGUGCCGCUCCGCUGCAACGAGUUUGAGAUGCGCCUCACUGACCCUGUCCCCCAACCCAAUGCCCAUGAGAGCAAAGAGUGGUACCAUGCCAGCUUGACACGCCUGCAGGCCGAGCACAUGCUGAUGCGGGUCCCGCGGGAUGGAGCCUUCCUUGUGCGCAAACGCAGUGAACCCAGCUCUUAUGCCAUUUCUUUCCGGGCAGAGGGGAAGAUCAAGCACUGCCGCAUCCAGCAAGAAGGUCGGCUGUUCAUGCUGGGCAGCUCAGCCGAGUUUGAGAGCCUCGUGGACCUCGUCAGCUACUACGAGAAGCACCCGCUCUACCGCAAGAUGAAGUUGCGCUACCCCAUCAACGAGGAGACCCUGGAAAAGAUGGGCACCACCGAGUUGGACUAUGGAGCCCUGUACGAGGUGCGGACCCCCCACUUCUACGUAGAGGCCAAUAAGAUGCCAAUGGCCAGGUGCACAGUGAAGGCUCUCUACGACUACAAAGCGCAGCGUGAGGACGAGCUGUCGUUCUGCAAGCAGGCCAUCAUCCACAACGUCGACAAGCAGGAUGGCGGCUGGUGGCGGGGGGACUACGGGGGCAAGAAGCAACUGUGGUUCCCGGCCAACUACGUGGAGGAGAUUGUCAGCAUGCAAGCGCAGGAGCAGGAUGAGGCUUCAUCGGAAAACAGCCCCCUGGGGAACUUCUUGAAGGGCUUCAUUGAUGUGCCAUCCUGCCACGUCGUUAUCUCCAAAGACGGGAGGAGCUCCAAACCAUUUGUCUUCACCAUCCAUUCCCAGCAGAUGUCCCACGCAGCCCAGUCGCUGGACGUGGCCGCUGACACACAGGAGGAACUCAGCGAGUGGGUGGCCAAGAUCCGAGAGGCCACGCAGAACGCCGACGCCAGGAUGCAAGAGGGGAAGAUCAUGGAGCGGAGAAAGAAGAUUGCACUGGAGCUCUCUGAGCUGGUUGUGUAUUGCCGCCCAGUGCCGUUCGAUGAGGACAAGAUUGGCACGGACAAGGCGUGCUACCGGGAUAUGUCUUCCUUCCCGGAGACCAAGGCAGAGAAGUACGCCAACCGCAGCAAGGGCAAGAAGUUCCUGCAGUACAACCGGCGCCAGCUCAGCCGCAUCUACCCCAAAGGGCAGCGUCUGGACUCCUCCAACUACGACCCGUUGCCCAUGUGGAUCUGCGGUAGCCAACUCGUGGCCCUCAACUUCCAGACGCCCGACAAGCCGAUGCAACUGAACCAGGCACUCUUCAUGCUCAGUGGUCGCAGCGGCUACGUCCUGCAGCCUGAUGUCAUGAGGGAUGAGACUUUUGACCCCUUUGACAAGAACAGCUUGAAGAUUGUGGAGCCCAUCACGGUCCAGCUGCAGAUCCUGGGUGCCCGGCACCUGCCCAAGAAUGGGAGGAGCAUCGUGUGCCCCUUCGUAGAGGUGGAGGUGUGCGGCUCCGAGUAUGACAACAGCAAGAACAAGACGGACGUCGUAGCUGACAAUGGCUUCAACCCCGUCUGGCUCUUCAAACAGUUUGUCUUCGACAUCAACAACCCUGAGUUUGCCUUCCUCCGCUUUGUGGUGUAUGAGGAGGACAUGUUCAGCGACCCCAACUUCUUGGCACAAGCCACCUUCCCUGUCAAGGGCCUCAAAACAGGCUACCGGUCGGUGCCGUUGAAGAACAGCUACACGGAGGACCUGGAGCUUGCCUCUCUCCUCGUCCACAUUGAGAUCAUCAAUGCCAAGGAAGAUGAGGAGAACCUCUACUCGUCCAUCCAGCAGCUACGGGACCGUGCCAGCGAGCUCUCCAGCCAGGUCUCUAGCUAUGAGCGCACCAAUGGCUGUGACUCCCGCUACCAGCAGCGCCUCGACGAGCUACGGGCAGCCCAGGAGCGGCUCAUGGAGCUCACUGAAGUCCGCAACCGCAAGUUGAUGGAGAAGAAGAAGAGGGACCGGCAAAUGGUCACCAAACGCAGCUGA